GCUCACCGAGCGAGUUGUCAUGGCAACUGUACAGCAUGUGCUUACAAAAACAAGAGCCUGACCGUUCACCCACCGUUCCCUCGACAUUCGACAUCUACGGCGCCAUCUUCUUCUAAUUCUUCUUCUUCUUCAGUCCUUCAGACGGGCACUCGUUUAAAUAAGAGGGAGGCUGAGGAGAGUGGAGAAUGAGCGGAGCCAAAGCCCGCGGCGAUCCGCCUGUUGCUGAAAAUGUCUCCAGCGGCGGCCACGGCACUGCGGCUCCUCCACGGGACCGCAAGCCAGGCGGAGGAGUUCUGAAGAGGCUCAAGUCCAGAAGGAGCCAGCAGGUGGACGGCAGGGCCGUCACAGAGGAAGACCUGCGGACACGGGGUGGGCACGUCACGCCGGAGGACGUGCUGGAACUGCGAGUAGCUACUCGAGGGUACCUCUGUAAGCCCGAGGACAAUAUUUAUAACAUCGAAUUUGUCCGCUUUAAGAUCCGAGACCUGGAGACAGACACAGUCCUGUUUGAGAUCGCCAAACCCCCGCAUGCAGAUGAUGAUGAGGACAACAGAGAGGCAGAUCCCAGCACGGGCCGGUUUGUACGCUACCAGUUCACCCCAGCAUUCCUGGGGCUGAGGACUGUGGGAGCUACGGUGGAGUUCACUGUUGGUAACCGGCCUCUAAACAACUUUCGCAUGAUCGAAAGGCACUACUUCCGUGACCACCUGCUAAAGAGCUUUGAUUUUGACUUUGGCUUCUGCAUCCCAAACAGCCGUAAUACCUGUGAGCAUAUCUACGAGUUCCCUCAGCUGUCUGAGAGCCUGGUCCAUCAGAUGGUGGCGUGUCCUUACGAGACUCGGUCGGACAGCUUCUACUUCGUCGAGAACAGACUGGUCAUGCACAACAAGGCAGAUUACGCUUACAAUGGAGGAAAGUGACGUCUGCCUGCUUGUGCACAACCACACACAUGCAAACAUGCUCACACACUCCCAUCUGCUCACUUUUAUUGACACACACGCGCAUGCACGCACAUGUGCAUGUUGCUGAACAUACACGCAGCUCAAACCUGGACUGAGAGCUACAACCGCAGUUGAGUUGCCUCCUGUGUUUGUUAAGACGAAUUACCAUUCAUUGUAGUUACUUUCAGGAGAUGUGUUUUGUAUUGCCGUCUGAAAGAGGUUACAGAUGGGUUAAUUUAUCUGCUUUUGAUUAUAGAGAAGUCUUUAAAACCAAAGAGGGCUUGUUAUUUGCAGCCGUGCCACACGCGGCUCAAAUGGACCGAAUGGACAUUAGAUAAAUGGUUAGUCUCCUCUUUGCAAUUUUAAAAAGUGUCCUAACAGCCCUUCGGUGAACGCACACAUUUGCAUACGCACACGUGCACACUCAAUCCCCGAGCGACACACAUAGUGUUUACACAGGGUUUGUCAGAAGCAGCUGUUCUCAGAGCUGCCGCCUCCACAAUCCACUCCAGACAAUAUCGGGGGAGAAAGAGAGGAGCCAUCCACAAAAACACUCCUGUCAAACGCACAUGGUCACUCCUGCGGUCCCCUCCCCAUCUCCCUCUCCUCCCACGCAAACAAACACAUCUAUAGUGGUACUGUAUAAGACUUUAUAUUCAACCAAAGGUUUCUGAUAUUAUUGCUGUUUUUUUUUAUUUAGAAAUUCCCACCUCAUAUCUUCAGAGAACGUCAGAAGGGGGCCAAAGAUGUCCUGGCUUCCUUAUUUCAAAGGGGAGCUAUUAUGUUUAUCCUUGUUUUCUGUCAUUUAGUGUUACACUGCUGGAUGCUAUUAGACAUUUCCAGAGUUUCAAAUAACAAGGUCAGCAUAUGUAAGUAAUCCCUAUGAGCCAAAAAGCUCAGGUUAACUGCUCUCCACAUUCUGUUUGAGAGAUUGUUUUUUUCUACUCUUUGCUCUGUAUGAUGUCACGGAGUUGGGAUUUCCUUGAGAUGGUCAUCUCAGGCACGCAGCCAGCUCUGACUGUGAGCACAGCGACCCCACCCACCUGCUAUUCAAACCUCGGAUUUGCAAGAGACAACAAUCAGCUUUAAGAUGUCUUUAAAGGGGAAGGGAGCUGAAAUGGCUUGUUUCAGACAGUGGGUGAACUUAAGGGCUGCAGCAAGGCCCACUCUAAGAUAAAUGCAGAUUGUUGGGAACUGUGAAACAUCCAAAAACCUACUCUGAGUCCAAAUGAGCAUAAUAGGUCCCCUUUAAAGUGAAUUCAAAAGUAAAAAGAAAAAUGAUUUUUUUUGGUAUUGAGGUUUGAUUAUCUGUGUCAAUCUUUUCCUUAUCACAUAUGUCUUAAAACUUGGAUUAUGUCUCAAAUUUGAGUUGUUUUUCUCCUAACUAGACAGUGAUACAUUUUCUUUGUAAUUUGUAAACUUUGGUGUUUGGGGUUAAAGGUGGUGUUUGUAAAGUAUAUACAUAUAUAUAUAUAUAUAGUUUGUAAA